AUCGAAAGAAAACAUCGAUAUCUACUCAGUAUCGAAAUGAGAGUAUGCACACUUAUUUGUUUUGAUAUUGAAUAGGUAUCGCAAUUAAAAGUAUCGAUCCCUUACAUGUAUUUAUUUAGACAGGAUCAUACUUUACUUGUUGGUAAAUACUAAUUGCGUGAAGUGUAUUUCAUACGUAUUUUGAUUUAUUUUCGUGAUAGUUUAAAUGUUAACAAUAAAGAAGAUUUAAAAUUGAUAACACAACCCUUCUUCAAUCAUCGAAAAAUGUACACAAUCUUUAAGGUUAUGUCUCCUCCAAAUGUCAUCACAUUUCGUAAAUUAUUUAAAAUAAAUCAUGAUAUUAUGAUGUAUUUAAACAGUUCUCUUCAUACACAAAUUCAAAUAUUAUUUACGAAGAAAGAUGAUGCUGAGAGUCCUAGAAUGCGCGAAUUUAGAAAAAAGUUACGAGAACGUACACCUAUAGAAAAACUGCCAGAAUUAGAGGAAGGGACACAUCCUUAUCAAGAAAAAGAACCAUUAAAACCUUUUCCAAAUAAUACCAAUCCUGAAACAGGUGAAGUUGGAGGACCACGAGGACCAGAACCUACUCGUUACGGUGAUUGGGAAAGGAAAGGGCGAGUUACGGAUUUUUAAAUAAUGAUCUGUUCCAUAAAGAAAUAUGUAAUAAAAUAGUUUAAUGUACAGUGUAUAUCAUGCACAUAAAAAUAUAUAUGCUUCGUAUUUGUAAAGUAUUAUUGUUAUAAUAUAGAAAGCAAUGUAUAUACAUUAUAAAAAAGUAAAA